AACUUUCUUACAAAAUAUGUAUUAUCAAAAUCGCUCCACAUAUACAUUGAACAAUAAAUGUUGAAAAACACAGACAGACAACGACUCUACCGCUUAACUACAAUGUUAGUAAGAAAGUAAUCGCUUUUCAAACAAUAGUACACUUUGAGUGACACAAAAUGUUACGAAUGCGAUAGAGAUUAGACGUUUGUGUUAAUUUUAAUUGUAAUAAAUAUGGUUUAAUUGUGAUUUUUGUGGGACAAUUUUAUUCUGUAGCCAUGGAUUUUGAUGCGGAAGGUAUUGACUCAGAUGACGGCCCCAAAGUGGUCAUGACAGUAGAUAAUUUGACAGUUUGGACCCCUGAAGAAAGAUCAUGGUGGCGGAGAAAAGUUUCAAAACCAAAAAAUGUUAUACUGGACAACAUUUCAGGAAUCAUUAGAGAAGGUGAAUUUGCAGCACUUCUUGGACCAAGUGGCGCUGGAAAAACCACAUUACUCGUAGCUCUGGCAGGAAAAUGCACCCUCCCUUCGAGGGGGCUGGUGUUAGUUGGGGGGAGGGAAGUGUCAGAGGCACAGGGGACGGUGGAACUCCUGCCGCAAUUUGACGUCUUCAUGGAACAAUUGACGGUCAUGGAGCAUUUGGUUUUUAUGACAGAAUUGAAACUGGGCAGCUGUAAAAAUCCAGCCAAUAAAGUGGUUCUGAACUAUUUGUUGGACGAACUGAAAUUGAGAGCGCACUCCAAAACUACCAUAAGUUCGCUCUCUGGGGGCGAAAAGCGGUUACUGUCAUUGGCUACUUCGCUGCUAUCCAGUCCACAAAUACUCAUCUGCGACGAACCCACAACGGGCCUGGACAGUUACAACGCCGCCCUGGUGGUGGAGACCCUGAAACGGCUGUCACUCUGCGGGAAGGUGGUCAUAUGCUCCGUCCACCAGCCCUCCACCGAUCUGUUCAAAGAGUUCAACUCCAUCUUGCUGAUGGCUGAUGGGAAGCUGUUGUUUCAUGGGAGCCAAGAGGACUGUAGUGAGUUGUUUAGAAGCAUCAAUCUACACUGCCCAGUGAAUUACAAUCCGGCAGAGUUCUACAUAGUACGUGCCGUGUCCCGUCUGUGUGGGACAGGUGGGACGGAUGAGUCCCAGAAAAUCUUGGACUCGUACCACGAGAGGUACAAACGAGACGAGACGAGUGCUUCAACUGUGAAAUGUGCUGUGAAUAAAUACAGAAGGAAAUGGUUGAAGCAAGUACAGCUAUUGCUAUGGAGGUCGUGUCUGACAUUGAGAUGAAAUAUACGUGGGCAAUUAUUUUUGCUAUUUAUCAAUGUGAUAGCUUCCUCCAUGGUGAUAGGCACCUGCUACGUAGGCGCGUCAGGUUCCACCCAGCGCGGGAUCCAGGACAUCCGAGGGCUCCUCUGGCUGAUGACCAGCGAAGUGUGCUUCGCCUUGUCCUACAGCGCGAUGUAUACCUUCGAAGCUGAACUGAGUUUGUUCAAGAGAGAGGUCGGGGUGUACAGCUGUUCCUCGUAUCUGGUCGCCAGGUUUAUUAGCUUUAUACCCCAGUGCGCAGUAUGGCCUCUAUCACUGGUCUUCAUCACGACACUAGCCGUGCAGCUGCCCAACCACAUGAUGACAGCGUUGAAAUUCUGCCUGAGCCUCUGUGUUGCUGGCAUCACUGCUACUGCUUAUGGUCUGGGCAUGGGUGCGCUGUUCACGUCAUCGAACAUCAUCAGUGACGUCAUGCCGUGCGCUGACCUGCCACUCUUCCUGAUGGCGGGUGCGUUCCUGAGGUUAUCGUCACUGCCGAUGUGGCUUCAACCAUUGAGGUUCAUAUCGCACUUCUACUACGCCAUGGAUGCUGUCAGCAAUGUUUAUUGGAGGCAGAUUGAGCAUAUUGAUUGCGAAACGAACGUCACGUCCCUAUGUGUCACAAAUGGCGCCACUGUCUUGUCAGAAAGUGGCUACUCCUCGGACUUCGUGCUUCAGGACUCGCUAGGACUUCUGUUCGUGACUGUACUCUGGAGUCUGCUGGCCUAUUUUGGGUUGAAGAGAGAGGAAAAGAAAGGCUAUGCAUACUAA